UCUGUGCGUCUUGAAAGGUUUUCAGCAAAAUCACUGGAGCCGGGUGAACACGCAUACCUGGCGGCGCACCUGUCUGUCUGCAGCGGCUCUACCUGCGCGUUUCCCUCGGACGUACCUGCGGUUCAAACAUGAGUCAGUGAUCCUUCCCGAAGCCAGGAGUCGUGUCAACACAGACAGCAGUCAGCAACAAUGAAGAAAGGACCGUUGCAUUUUUUAGGUCGAAAGAGCCAGUCUCUUUUUGACACCAAUAUUAAAAUCAAGGACAUGGACAAUGUGGAGCACCAGCUCCAGUUGGGGUCAUCUGCAAUCCCAGAGUCAGGUACUGCCAGUGUGCGGGCAAGGCCCACGGUCAAGCAUCACGCUUCCUCAUCUGACUUGAGUUUUCAAGGGUUUGCCGUCCCAACUCCCAAAGUCCCUCUCCUUCCCUUCUACAACGGUCCAAAGACCAACGGUUUAGUUGCUGAAGAUCGGGUGUCUAAUGGGUCGGUGAUAUCGGUGCCUGAUCUCGUGGAAGGGGAAAUAUUUGUUCCUCCUCCUCCUUCAGUGGCACCUCCACCCCCGCCGGGGGCUUUUAUCUGUCCUCCACCAGACUUCAUGGGUGACCUCUCAUCCCUUCAGCCUCCUUCCAUGCCUGCACCAAAGCCUGCCUUUGUGACACCACCCCAGGAGGACGUGGAUUUAAUCAAUUUAAAACCGCCACCUAUGGCUCCACCGAAACCUCCAUCUACUUGCUCUUCUAGCUCUGGGUCAUCCCUGUCAAUUUCUAGGCCACCAGCAGCCCAAAUUCCAGAGCAUCCAAGAUUUGCCCCACCUCAGCCCCCUCCGGAAAAGCAACCCAAGACUCAUAAGACACCUCCUCCAAAGCCGAUUAGAUUGUCCUCUGUCUCCAACCUUGACGCUCCGCCACAGACUCCUGCACCACCUCCCCCUGUACACAAGCCCGCAGUGUCCACCUUCAAUCCUCAAAACACAGCAAAGCUUUAUAAUGUUCCAAAGACCACACUUCUGGGUGUAUAUGCAGAUCAGGACACAAGGCCUAAGCAGGUGUUACUCCUGGAGGAUUAUGGGCGCGUUAGCCCUGUUCCUGUAAAGGGGAAUGGAAAAGCCCAGGAAGUGGUUACACCACCAAAACCACCUCCCAAAGAUGUACAGGAGCUGAAGAAGAGCAUAGACAUUCCCAAACCCUCUCAAUCACCCCAACCUGAGGUUAACAAAGAGGCUAAAACAGAGACAGUUCCACCACGGUCAGAGACAAGUAAACCGCCACCCUCUCCACAGCCUCAGAGAGUGACGAGUGUUCAGGUUAAACCAGAGACCAACAAAGAUAGACUUAAAGGACCUCCGAGUCAAAGCCGCAGUUUCAGUCCAUUAUUGGAUCGUAAAUUACACAACCUGAAGGCUAAUGAAAUCAACGGGACGCGAGAGGGGCAUGCAGCUUCUCCACUAGCGCUCCUAAUGGCUGCUAAGGAAAGGGACAAACACAGAACGACUCACUCUUUGUCGCGUGAAAGCAGUGUAAAAAAGAGUGAGCAGCCCGGUGCAAACAUUCACCCGAGUGACUCAAGUCCCAAUUGCUUCACUGUCAUUCCAAGAUCUGGCUAUUCUUCCUCUCUGACACCUACGGAAGAAAGUAUAGAGGAGAGGACAAAGUCUGUUCAGCCUGUCGAACGUGUACAAACAACUCCGACGUCAGAAAAUCUCAACAGUUCUGCACUGGCGAAGGAUCGGAUAGCAUCUUCCAGUCCAGCUCUCGGUAGGAUCGCAGACAUUUCUUCCUCAACUGUGAGCGACCCAUCUGAGCAGAAACAAAGUUUACAGCAACACCGUUCAGAGUCUACAGCUGUACAGACUGCACAUCUUAAAGAGGAGUUCAAUAUGCCGUUGCUUCCUCCACCACCGGAGUUUGAUGAUCUCGAUGAGUUAGCAGAGCCCCCCCCAGAUAUUUGUCCUCCUGCUCCACCUGCCAAAAAGAGUGCAACACCACCUGUCAAGCCUCUACCUCCAGCUUCAACUCCGCCUCCAAACCACAGACCUCCACCUCCACCUCCAAAAGUCCCACCACCUCAAAUGGAAGUCAAACCCAAGCUACAAGUCCAGACGAAACCAAAGAUGGCCCCUACGCAGCCACCAGCUGCUCUGUCCUCCAGUCAGUCAACACUCCUGAGCAUACUGCAAAAGAAGAUGCUGGAAAUGGACCAGAAAAUGUCCCCGGCAAAGGAGGCCGAGGCCACUUCCGAUGACUGGGGCAACACUUUGUCUGACGAGGAUAAUAAGGUCCCCGUUGUACCAAGAGCCAGCCCACAGGCCAAAAAUCACUCCGCCGCCAACUCCGCGGCAACUCUAGACAUGCGGGAGUUGGAGAGUAAAGUCAACAAAAAAUAUCAGGAGGGCUUGCAGGAGAAAACAAUCCCCAGCAACGGACCAAAUUUUAAACAGCAGUAUGGCAAGACUUUCACCAUCCGGCCUGGAAGCAAACAGCCCAUCACUCCUGCUAGCCAAGACGACUCGUAAAGGUCUGUGGAAACUCAACGUGUCUGGUGUAUAUACAGUAGAGCCCAGAUGUACGCUGAUGCAUCAUUUUACAUCAGCAGGAAUUUGCACAUCCAUCCAUCCAUCCAUCCAUCCAUCAUCCAUCCCUCCAUCCAUCCAUCCAUCCAUCCAUCAUCCAUCCUUCCAUCCAUCCUUCUUCUACCGGUUGAAUCCUGUGCAGGGUCGCAGGGUCUGCCGGAGCCUAUCCCAGCUCACUACAGGCGAGAGGCAGGGGUAUGUGCGGAAAAAAACAAAAAGAAGAAUUCAGUUACCUGAAUGUGGUUGUCAAAUAUACGUAUCAGUUUUUAGCUUUGAAAAGAAAGCUAACACUGUCAAACAAAGCUCUUGUCUGCCUUUUUAUAGAUGUAUACCGGUACUCUUUAUGAAGCAUCAGUCUGGUGGCUCUUUGUACAGUCUUGCUCCUUUUUUGUGGAAAUGUGUAUGUUGAAUAUGUUCUUUCUUUCCUUUUAAUUACAGCUUUAAAUGAGUCUAAAUUCUACAUGGAUCAUUAUUUAUAUUUAAGGUAAAUGUAGAACAAAAUGAGAAAAAAAUAAUGCACAAUGUAAUUGUUUAUGUUGAGAUCACAUAACCUGAACGAUGGUCUAUCACUGUUACAUGUAGAUUAUUUGUGUUGAAGCCAAACCAACAGUGACUUCAGAUUUCUUUAUCAUAUUUAUUCUUCUAGGGAAUGUUUAGCAUGAAAAUACAUAGCAUUCCAGCAAAGUCUUAUUUGUACCAAUGUAACUACAUGUAAUGUUAUGAAUGUACAGUAUAUAUUAGUUUAUGUACGAUCAGAAUGAAAAUGCAACUUGAUGUAUAUGUAUGUUUUUUUGAAAAUAAAUCACCACACUGA